CGCGCCGGAGCAAUCGUUCUUUCUUUCAAGCUGUUGAAGCGCUAAGGUGUCUCUCAGCGGCUCUCGGAGAUUCUCCAAGUUAUCCGCCUGUAUCCUCACUUGAAGAAGUAAUCGAAUUUGCAAAAAUGACUGAAACUCUUCAGCUCAGAGGCACCCUUGAGGGACACAAUGGGUGGGUUACUCAAAUUGCCACCAAUCCCAAGUACCCCGAUAUGAUCUUGUCGUCUUCACGAGACAAGACCUUGAUUGUGUGGAACUUGACCCGCGACGAAGGUAACUACGGUACCCCUUCAAAGCGUCUGUACGGACACUCUCACUUCAUCAGCGACGUCGUUCUCUCCUCCGACGGUAAUUACGCCCUUUCUGGGUCGUGGGACAAGACCCUCCGUUUGUGGGAUUUGGCUGCUGGAAAAACUACCCGCAGAUUCGAAGAUCACACACAGGAUGUCUUGAGUGUUGCAUUCUCCGCUGACAACCGUCAAAUUGUCUCUGGUUCUCGGGACAAAACCAUCAAACUGUGGAACACUCUUGCCGAGUGCAAAUACACCAUCACUGAUGAGGGCCACUCCGACUGGGUCAGUUGUGUCAGGUUCUCGCCAAACCACUCAAACCCAAUCAUUGUAUCUGCUGGUUGGGACAAAGUUGUCAAGGUAUGGAACCUUAGCAACUGCCGUUUGAAGAUCAACCACCAGGGACACUCUGGAUACCUCAACACUGUAACUGUUUCUCCAGAUGGUUCCUUGUGCGCAUCUGGUGGCAAGGACAACAAAGCUAUGCUUUGGGACUUGAACGACGGAAAGCACUUGCACACCUUGGACCACAAUGACAUCAUCACUGCAUUGUGCUUCAGCCCCAACAGGUACUGGCUGUGCGCUGCGUAUGGUCCAUGGAUCAAGAUCUGGGACCUUGAAGGCAAGGAAAUGGUUGAGGAACUCAAACCCGACGUUCUUACUACUGGCAGCAAAGCUGAACCACCACAGUGUCUGUCGCUUGCAUGGUCCACUGAUGGACAAACAUUGUUUGCUGGUUAUUCUGACAAUAAGAUCAGAGUAUGGCAAGUCUCUGUUUCUAGCCGUUAAAAACUUUUUGUAAAUUUAUGGAAAUAAAAAAAAACAUAAGUUUAUAA